UAAUUGACGUUUUGUGUGAUCGAUUUCUGUGGUUUAAGGUUUUAAGUUCGCUAAGUUCUUGAUCUAUUGGUUGAAUUUUUAUUUCUUUUUGAAAUAAAUAGAUUCAUUAAGUAGUGUAGAGGAGGAAUGGAUGUUUAACUCGGAAGUACUAAAUAAGGCAAAGACAUGGUUGUCUCACCGCAAAGCCCUGCUAGCGAAACCCAAAGCGUGCAAGCUAAAAAGAUCAAUAUGGCGUCCAAACAAACUUCAGUGGCAGAUACAAGGGCUGACCUAGCUGAAUUAGUUAAGAAAAAGGCUGAGGUCGCUGAAACCUUAGCUAAUCUGGAACGACAAAUCUAUGCAUUUGAAGGAUCAUAUUUAGAGGAUACUCAGCUGUACGGAAAUAUCAUUCGUGGAUGGGAUAGAUACCUCACAACCAACAAAAGUACCAAUUCAAAAGCGGAUAAAAGAAAUAGAAAGUUCAAAGAAGCCGAACGUUUAUUCUCCAAGUCUUCCAUAACAUCCAUGGCUGCUGUAAGUGGUCUUGUGGAUCAAGCAGAAACUAAGAAUGAGAGACAUAGUGAAACUGAAUCACAGACUAAUGAAGACUCUUCAGAUACACAAAUGAGCACGGGCAUGGGCAUGGGAACCUUAAAUCAUACAAUAAUACAUGGUUCUACAGAAAGUAUUGCCUCUAAACCUUCAGGAAAGCAACACACCAAUGGAAGUAUUGAAAAAAGUAUUAGCAGUGCACUUCUUAAACAAAAUGUUGUUCAGAAAAUUUCAUCACAAGCAAAUGUGCUGCAGAAAGCAUUUGGAAGUGACAACAAGAUGUUAUCAGCAGUGGGGUUAGACAGCCGACCUGGCACUCCUAAAGACAAAGAUAUUGGAAUGAGUUUGAUUAACAAAGGAGAUACUACACCAAAUUCAUUAAAACAUAAACUAUCAAAUAGUAGCAAUAACAGUAACAUUAAGAAGAGCAACAAUAAGAAAGCAAGACAUAGAUAAAUGAUAGCAUUUAAACAAUCUACUUCAACAUAAUUCAUAUGAAAGAUACAACAAAUACAAUACAGAUGAAAUUUUCAUUCAAGGAACGGAUCAAUAAAAUUACAUAACAGUU